AUGAACCUUUUUGUCUGCUUGCUUGAUGUCUUAGUUAGUUUUCGUGUGAUACGGACAAGAGAUGAGUACAAAAUGAGCUUAAAGAAUACACGAGAAGCCAUAGUUUUAGUAUACAAUAGUGGGGUUAUAGAUGAUGUGGAUUUUUGUCGGUUGUCUGAUGUUAAUCAGUCUAAAAAUCCCAAGUUUCCCUACGAAGGCUGCGGAACAUUUGACCUUGCAGAAAUGGACAACACUGAGUGUAAAGUGGAAUUUUACCUCAGAAAAGCUGACAUUUCUGUGCUUGUGGAAGCUCUUGACAUCCCAGAAACUUUUACUUACAACCAGGGAUCUGUGAUUGAUGGUAUAGAAGGUCUGUGUGUCUAAUUGGACCCUCCCUAUUUGCAAGAUUACUUUGCUUAGUCUGCUUAAAAGAAGUCAGAUUUGUUUUUAUAACUGCAAAUUAAAAUUGUAAUACAUAAAAUCCUCAUGAACCUGGAUUUUUUAAGAAAAAGAGGCUGAAUUGUCUCUCUGCCUGCAUGCUCUAUUGUAAACAAUAUCACUGACCACACAAAAAUUUGUAUGUUAAACUAACUGUCAUAAAUUACAUGCGUGAAUACAUAAGGUAGUGAAAAGUUGCAUUGUCACAAUGAGCGAAGAUCUUGUCUACACUGGAAUGGAGGAUCUAUUUAA